CUCCCCGUGACAUCAUCGGGCGGCGACGCCAAAGGUCUGCUGGUGGCUCUCGCUGGGCGCUAUGAGUGCCGGUGGGUCUGUUUGUAGUCAAGAGAUGAUGAACUGAAUCUCCUAGUUGUCGUCAUUGACACCAAUCCUAUCUGGUGGGGAAAGCAAGCAUUAGCAGGAUCAGAGCUUACAUUGUCAAAAUGCCUCGAUGCAGUCAUGGUGUUGGGAAACUCGCACCUCUUUAUGAACCGCAACAACAAACUUGCUGUGAUCGCCAGUCACAUACAGGAAAGCCGUUUCUUGUACCCUGGCAAGCGGUGGGCAGCUGCUGAUCUCUUCGGAGAGGCCGGAGAAGUGAACGUUUCCAGCAGCAAAGAUGGAAAAUAUGAGUUCUUAACCACAAUAAAUGAAACCAUUGCAGAAGAGAUAAAGGACCUCAUGACCAACACGGAAAUAAAGGGCCAGCAGACAGAAACGUUGCUGGCAGGAUCUCUGGCUAAAGCUCUUUGCUAUAUUCACAAGAUGACUAAAGCGGGAACAGCCAGCCAGGAAACUAAAUCCAGGAUUUUGGUCAUAAAAGCUGCAGAAGACAGUGCGUUGCAGUAUAUGAGCUUUAUGAACGUGAUCUUUGCAGCCCAGAAACAGAAUAUUUUGAUUGACGCCUGCGUGUUGGACUCUGAUUCGGGGCUUUUGCAGCAGGCUUGUGACAUUACUGGCGGUAUCUACCUGAAAGUCCCCCAUAUGCCUUCUCUUCUGCAGUAUUUGCUGUGGGUGUAUCUGCCCGACCAAGAACAGAGAUCUCGGCUCAUCCUUCCACCUCCUGUCCAUGUCGACUACCGGGCAGCUUGUUUCUGCCACAGGAAUCUCAUCGAAAUUGGUUACGUCUGCUCCGUGUGCCUGUCAAUAUUCUGCAGCUUCAGCCCAAUUUGCACCACUUGCGAGACUGCCUUCAAGAUUUCACUGCCAGCUGUCAUGAAGGCUAAGAAAAAGAAGCUGAAACUAGCCACAUAACAGCAUCCUUUCCUCCUGCCUCUUUCCUGCCACGUUCAGUUUUACAGCUCCCAUUGCAGCUGUGAUGUUCAGGUGCAAGGAAAGAAAGACAUUAUUU